AUGACGGGUUCGCCGACGGGCUCGCUGAUUCGCUUGCUGGUAGGAUCGCAGGUACGUUGGCUCACUGCUGGCGAUGUCGCUGGCGAUUUCGCUGGUUCUCCUUCUCUAUCCGCCCUUCUUCCUCUCUAUCCACCCUUCUUCCUCUCUAUCCGCCUUUCUUCCUCUCUAUCCGCCCUUCUUCCUCUCUAUCCGCCCUUCUUCCUCUCUAUCCGCCCUUCGUCCUCUCUAUCCGCCCUUCUUCCUCUCUAUCCGCCCUUCUUCCUCUCUAUCCGCCCUUCUUCCUUUCUUUCCGCCCUUCUUCCUCUCUAUCCGCCCUUCUCCCUCUCUAUCCGCCCUUCUUCCUCGAGGCCUCUCCCAACCUUACCUCUAAAGCCAUUCCGCAUCUCAUUCCGCCCUGAACCGCCAUUUUGCCUCUCAUUCCGCUCUACACCGCCUUUCCCAUCCCAUUCCGCCCUCUACCGCCUUUACCCCUCCCAUUCCGCCCUCUACCGUGUAUACCCCUCCCAUUCCGCCCUCUCCCGUGUUUACCCCUCCCAUUCUGCCCUCUAUCGCCUUUACCCCUCCCAUUCCGCCCUCUACCGCCAUUUCCCAUCCCAUUCCGCCCUCUACCGACUUUCCGCCUCCCAUUCCGCCUCCCUUUUCACCCGCUACCGCCUUUCCGCCUCCCGUUCUGCCCUCGCGUGUCAUUCCGACUCGCCUAUCGCCAUGCACAACCUCCCCCUCUCGUCAUUCCGCAUCUCAUUCCGCACUUUACAGCCAUUUCACCCGUCAUUCCGCCCUCUACCGCCUUUACCCCUCCUAUUCGACCUCUAUCGCCUUUCUGCCCCUCAUUCCUCCCUCUACCGCCUUUCCGCUUCCCAAUCUGCCCUGGCCCGCCAUUCCCCCCUCCAUUCCGCCCUCGCGUGUCAUUCCGACUCGCCUACAGCCAUGGACGCGAAGGCACGGGAAGGGGCGGGAAGGCACGGGAAGGAACGGGAAGGGACGGGACUGCACGGGGAGGGGCGGGAAGGCACGGGGAGGGACGGGAAGGGAGGAGGGACGGGGAGGGACGGGGAGGGACGGGGAGGGACGGGAAGGCACGGAGAGGGACGGGAAGGGGAGUGGAGGGACGGAUCGGGGCGAGAUAGGAUAGAAAUGGGAGGGAAGUGUUGGUCCUUUUUCUUCCCCCCAACCCCCAUUCCCAACCUCCCAGCCCAUGCUGAUCCCAACCCAUACCGCAUGCUGCAGCAGCACGGCAGGCAGUACGUGCCGUUGUGUGGUGGCUGCUGCUCAUCUUCCUGCUCCAGCCCUCCCUAUCCACGCCCUCUUCUGCACCUGGACCCAAACCACUUGGUCUGUCUCCCCCCUCCCCCCAAGCGCAGUUCGUUUGAGACCAGUUUGCCUGAUGGCAAGAUAGCAGCACCUUCUUUUCGCAGUUGCGCCGCGUUCGUCGCCGCGUUUCUCACUGCACCGCGAGCGAAUGGGCGACGACGUCAGAAACCUCGCGGUCGCGCCCGCUGUCGCCCUGCUGUUGGUCAUCGCGUAUCUCAUCAGCUCCGCCGCCGCCUUUCGUUUCAAGCCUCCCGAGCCCCUCUCAGGUGUGCCACUGCCUCCGGUGUGAGACCGCUCCUUCUCUCUCUCAUGCGCCGCAUACGCGUCUGUGCUCGGCCUCGCGCUCGCCCUCGCGCUCGCGCCCACCCUUCCUCGCACGAGCCUUGCAUUCCUUCUGCUUCCCCUCGCUCUGCGACCCCUCCCGCCCUGCCACUCCUCUUUUCACCCUCCUCCUUUCCACCGCUCCCCACUGCUCUCAUCCGCGGUCCCCCCGCCGCCCCCACCACAUCCGCCCUCUCCGCUCCCCUCCAAGCAGGCGUGGUGCGAAUCAACUGCGGCAGCAGCGAGGCGCUGACUAUCAACGGCCACAAAUGGCGCGCCGACGCCUUCUACGAUGCGGGGAGGCCCUUCCGCAUCCCCCCCUCCCCUCCCCUCUCCCCCACCCGCCUCGCCUCGCCCGUGGAGGCCACCCUGCGCGCCUUCCCCCACGGGAACAGCAACGGCGGCUGCUACACGGUGCCGCUCCCCGUGGACGCGCGCUACCUGGUGCGCGUGGGCGUGGCCUACCGCAACUACGACGGCGCCCUCCGCCCGCCCGCCUUCCACAUGGCCGUCAACGGGCUCAUCCUGAGGACGGUGGUCAUGGCCGUCUCGGAGCAGCACUUCCCGCUCUCCGCCUUCUACUCCGAGUUUGUGGCGUUCGCCCGCCAGGGGCGCAUCUCCGUGUGCUUCCUGCCGCUGCUGGGCGUGGUGGCGGCGCCCCCCCAGGUGAACUCGCUGGAGCUGCUGCCCGUGCACCCUCUGGCGUACGGUGGCGCGGUCACGGGCCGGGACGUGGUGGUGGUGCCGCUGCUGCGCCACAACCUGGGCGCGACAGGGAUGGUGGGUGGUGGGACAGGGGGCGGGGCAGGGGACGUGGUUCCUGCGAUGCAGGCAGGCAGGAUGGGAGGGGGGAGCGCAGUGGCAGGGACAGUGGGGAGGGUGGCGGAACUAGAAGGUGAAGAGGCGGAAGCAGCGAAUGAGGGAGGGGUGGCAGGAGGGACAGGAGAGGUGGAGCGGGCAGCUGAAUCGGCAAAGGAAGGAAGGGGGUUGCUGGAGGAAGGGGAGGGGAAAGGGCACGGCGGUGGAAUGGGUGAGGGAGGGUGGGCGGAGGAGGACAGGGCAUUCAGGGUGUGGGGGCGCGACUUAGCUCCCGCAUGGGGGGCCGUGCCUGCUACCAUGGCUCUGCUGUCAGGUGCUAGUAGUGAUGCCAGUGGUGGCAGCAGUAGCAGCAGCAGCAGCAGCAGCAGCGUUGGGACGAAUGCAACACUGACGGAUAGCAGCAAUUGGGUUACACGCGGGCAUCCGUUCAAAGUGGUAACCACAUCCAGACGAAUUGCUGGUGCUGACGUGGCACCGGACUACAUUCCCUCUGCAGUGUUCCAGUCAGCGUGGGAGGGAGCAGUGGAGGAGAGGGCAGGCGAUGGUGGAGAGAAAAGUGCGGGGGGGCAGCUGGAGUGGGGGGGCAGGAGAGGAGGAGGGCUGGUGUGCUGGGCCAACAGCACCAGAGGUGGCGGCAGCAGCAGUGGGGAGUGGGAAACGUGCGUGGGGUCGGUGGGGUUCGCAGUGCGACUGGAUCCGGUGAAUCUGCUGGACGUGCUCUGCCUGCGCCUCUUCUUCGCUGAGCUCGACCCCCUCGUUGCUGCUGGCGACCGGCGCUUCGACAUCCGCCUGGGCGCCAUGAGCGUGCUGGGCGUGGGGGAGGGGGAGGGGCAGGGGGAGGGGCAGGGGGAGGGGCAGAGGGAGGGGCAGGGGGAGGGGCAGGGGGGUGCGGAAAGGGAGGGGGAAGACGAGGAGGCAGGGGAUGAGCGGAAGUGGAACGGGACGGCGGGGGAAGGGAAGGGGGAGAGGGAGAGGAGAGACUCGAGAGUCGAGGGGGUGAGAAGGGUGGAAGAGAGAGGAGAGGGGGAGGAGGAGAGAGCAGGGAGUGAGGGAGGCACAACAGAUGAUGAGGGCGAGACAGCAAGCAGAGGAGGCGCUACGAGGGUGGAGGCGGGACGGGAGUCCUCACAGGGAAGAGGAGGUGCGGUGAGAUGGCGGGGGCGUGGGGAAAAGUUUCAACGGCUGAGCUCUCGCAUGGGCAUGGAAAGUGGUGUGGAGGUGAAUGCGGAGGACGAAGGGGCGGAGGAAGGUAAGGGAGGGCACAUGAUGGACACUGAGAGGGAGAGAGAGGAGGAUGCAACACACACGGGGCUGGACAAGCGGAAGCCAGUGGUGCAUGGCAACGUGGUGCUGGACGCCCUCAAGAGCGUGAGUGAGAGCGGUGAGUUCGACACGGGUGGCGGCGUGGGCACUCCCGUCAACUGGUACCGCAACUUCCUCGACUUCCGCCUCCGCGAGUUCCUCUUCGGCCCGCAGCCACGCCCCUGGAAGCAGGAGCGCCAGCAGCUGCUGCGCUGGAAGCAACCGCAAGUGCUGGGACGGUGGGAGGGGCAGCAUGAGAAGAAGGCGGAGGAGCAGAUGGAGGAGGUAGAGGAUGUGUUUGAUGGGAGCAACCCGCUGUUGGCGCGGGACUGGAGCGGCACGGGCUUUGACAUCCUGGUGGCGGCCAACGGGUCGCACAACGCGGCGGUGGUGGUGCAGCUGUGCUUCAACUUCACGCGCUACGCGCAGCAGUACGGCCCCCACCUCGCCCUGCUGCUCACCCCCAUGCGCGGCUCCAAGCGGCCGCCGCUGCUGGCGGGAGUGGAGGUGGUGGAGAUGGUGAGGACGCCCCCUGGCGGCCACGUGCCCCGCGGUCAGCAGCAUGGCAGCCACAUUGUACCUCUCGGCCUUGCCUACCUCGCUCUCAUGCAUUGUCCGCCACCAUCACCCCUCCCCCCUCGUGUCUCUCCCCCCCUCUCCCCCGCUCUGCCCAACGACAUAGCAGCCAUGAUAGUGCUGCUCGCCCUCGCCUACAUCGCCCUCAAGCUCGCCCCGCACUGCCGUGGCUCUGCCUCUCACUUCCCCUCCGCACACCUCCCCUUCACACGCCUCCUCUCGGGACCCAUUAAAGGUGCGACUGCGUGGUGA